GCAGGACUCCUCCAUCCCAUUGUGAUACCACUCCCUAGCCACCAAAGAAACCCACGGUUCCUCUUCCUAGAGUCCCGCUGGACCUGGAUUGUGGUCUGCACAGAUGUGGACAGGAGCCAGCAGGAGCCGGGUCGGCUGUGGGGAGUCUGUGGAAGGAGCUGGCUGCCCUCACAGGGAGUCUGAGUUCUCAGAUGGCAGAGGAAACCAACUCCAAGGCCUCCCAGACUUCUCCCAGGAAGUUGAGUCAUGAUACAUCAAAACGCUCCCAUUUCUGGGUGCUGGAAAUGCUGUUACAGAGAUUGAGCUCCCUAGACACUAAGCAGGAUGACAAGUUUGCCCACAUCCUGAAUGCGGUGGGGGAGUUUGGCACAUUCCAGCGGAGGCUGGUGGCCCUCACCUUCAUCCCCAUCAGCCUAUCGGCCUUCUUCAGUUUUGUUGACUACUUCGUGUUCACAGCCCAGAAACCCUAUUGCAAUACCAGCUGGAUACUGGCAGUCGGCCCCAAUCUAUCAAUGGCUGAGCAGCUGAAUCUGACUCUGCCCAGAGAACCCAAUGGCAGUUUCCUGACGUGUCUCAUGUACUUGCCUGUGACCUGGAGUCUAGAUUCUAUCAUCCAUUUUGGCCUCAACGAUACAGUAUCAUGCCAAGAUGGAUGGAUUUACCCUUAUGCCCAGGAGCGAUCCCUGAUCAAUGAGGCCCACCCUGGGGCCAGUUCAGUCUCUGGAUCCAGAAGACCGAUCUUGGGUGGAGGCCAGUGGCCAAUCCCUGUGUCUAACCCUCAGUUUGACUUGGUGUGUGACAAGAAAUCGAAUUGGGAUAUCGUGCAGACCAUAUUCUGGUCAGGGAUCCUGAUAGGAUCUAUCAUCUUCGGGUUCAUAAGUGACAAGCUGGGCCGCUACCCUUCCAUCCUGCUCUCGCUGCUGGGACUGAUCAUCUUCGGCUUCGGGACAGCUUUUGUCAGGAGCUUUCACCAGUAUCUCUUCUUCCGCUUCGGCGUGUCCCAGGCGGUGAUAGGCUACCUCAUCAGCAGCGUGUCUUUAGCCUCUGAGUGGCUGGUGGGCAAGCACCGGGCCCAUGCCAUCAUCCUGGAAAACUGCUUUUUCACUGUGGGGAUCAUAUUCCUGACAGCGCUUGCCUACAGCCUGCCACACUGGCGCCUGCUAUUCCUGGUGGGCGGAGCGCCUGUGUUUCCCCUCAUCUUCUAUAUCUGGAUUCUCCCAGAGUCGCCGCGGUGGCUGAUGAUGAAGGGGAAGGUGGAGGAGGCCAAGAAGGUGCUGUGCUAUGCCGCUUAUGUGAACAAGAAGACCAUUCCUAUAAGUCUGCUGGACAAGUUACAUAUUUCCAGCAAAAAUGUGACUGAGGCCUCUGUCCUGGACUUCUGUAGCAAUAGUUACCUCCGCAAGGUUGUCUUGGCGAUGCUGUGCGUGUGGUUUACUGUUGCUUACAACUACAGUCUGCUGAACUUCCAGAGAAAGGAUUUCAGCACCAACAUUUACUUCAUGAUGCUGAUCCCCAGCAUCAUGAAUGUGCCCGCCUGGCUGGGCUGCAUCUUUCUCCUUGAGCAGAUAGGGAGGAAGAAGAGCCUGGUUUUGACUUUCUUCCAAGGCUGUCUCUUGUGCUUGGUUAGCCUUUUCAUGUACCCAGAGUGGAAAUCCAUAUUCACCUUGUUGGUCAUAUUCGGCGAGUUCAGCCUGAUAGCCUCAUUCGCUGUGCUCUUAGUCUACUCUGUGGAGCUCCUCCCCACCGUCCUCAGGACUACGGGUCUGGGGCUGGUGACUCUGGUCUCGGCAGCUGGAGUCAUCAUGUCCUUGAUGCUCAUCAGUCAGGAUGAAAGCUUCCUACCCAGCUUUCUCUGCUGUUUCUCAGCCACCCUGGCCUUGCUGCUCUGCUUCCUGCUGCCGGAAACGCAAAAUCAGCCCCUCUUCGAUAGCCUCCCCUCUUCGGAGCACUUAACCACAAAGAAAAGGCCUCCGUCCCUGGAGAAGACCGAUGACGUCACAGAUGGUUAUAUCACUAAAGAAACGGCCACGAACACCAUUCUCAAUGCCACAAAGGAGAAUUUCAACUCAGACUCUUUCUCCAGCACGAGGCAUACCUACGAGGACAUAGACUCAUAGGCAGAGGAGGAAGCUGUCUGAGGGCAGGCCCUAGAUGAUCUCGGAUUGGAGUUAAGUGGCUGGGUGGGGCCAUGGAUUCCAGGCCAUGAAUGCCAGGCCUAGUCCAGCUUGGGGAACAGUGCCAAUCCUGCUCUGAGGCCAGCCUUCGAGAUCCAAAACUUACCCCUUCUUGGGGAGUGAGGGUGUGUUUCAUUCUAAUAAAGGUAACAUGUUGGACUUGAGAUGGCUAGGU